UUUCAGUUCAAAGCACGUACACGUUUUGGGGAUACUAUUUGACUGGAUCAUUUUCUCUUUUUACCUAAAAGUUACAGCAAACCAUCAGCUGUUGCUCGAGUGUGGAGACGCCUGCAAACAAGACAAGGUUAUUAUACAAUUCUUCAGAAAGACAUAUGCAUAAAGACAUUAUUUCUCCCAACGGCGUUGUGCAGUUGACAGCCUCUUUGCAGGAGCAAAGAGCGUCUACUGUUACUUUUUCUCCACUUUUGGACAUUUAAAAGACUUUGGCCGUACUUUCAUAUUUCGUGCGUAAUUGUUAGCCAACAUUUUUCGUAUGAAUCUACUCGACCCCUUCCUGAAAAUGACAGACGAACAAGACAAAUGUCUCUCAGACGCACCGAGUCCGAGCAUGUCAGAGGACUCUGUGGGAUCUCCGUGCCCGUCCGGGUCUGGCUCCGACACCGAGAACACCAGACCGUCAGAGAACGGACUGCUGAUGGGUCCGGACGGUCCCCUCGUCGAGUUCAAGAAGGACGACGAUGACAAAUUCCCCGUAUGCAUCCGCGACGCCGUGUCCCAGGUCCUGAAAGGCUACGACUGGACCCUGGUGCCAAUGCCAGUCCGAAUGAACGGAUCUAGUAAGAACAAGCCCCACGUCAAGAGACCGAUGAACGCGUUUAUGGUUUGGGCGCAAGCCGCCCGGAGAAAGCUGGCUGAUCAGUACCCGCAUCUCCAUAACGCUGAGCUGAGCAAAACUCUGGGGAAACUGUGGAGGCUACUCAAUGAGGGUGAGAAGCGUCCGUUCGUGGAGGAGGCAGAGCGAUUGAGGGUACAGCACAAGAAGGACCAUCCUGACUACAAGUACCAGCCCCGGCGGAGGAAGUCCAUGAAGAACGGACAAAGCGAGUCUGAUGACGGCAGCGAGCAGACGCACAUAUCGCCAGGCGCGAUCUUCAAGGUGCUCCAGCAAGCUGACUCGCCAGCCUCUAGCAUGGGAGAGAUGCACUCCCCCGGAGAACACUCCGGCCAGUCCCAAGGGCCCCCCACCCCUCCUACCACCCCUCCUACCAAGACGGACAUCCAGGUGGGCAAGGUGGACCUGAAGCGGGAGGGUCGCCCCUUACAUGAAGGCACGGGUCGCCAGCUCAACAUCGACUUCCGGGACGUGGACAUCGGCGAGCUGAGUAGCGACGUCAUCUCCCACAUCGAGACCUUCGAUGUCAACGAGUUUGAUCAGUACCUGCCUCCCAACGGUCACCCAGGUGCUCCUGGCGCUGCCACUGGCCAAGUCUCCUACACCGGUACCUACGGCAUCAGCAGCUCUGUGGUCAGCCAGGCAGCAGGGGGUGCCACAGGGCACAGCUGGAUGACCAAGAGCCAGCAGCAGCAGCACUCCCUGACCACGCUGGGUAGUGGAGGGGAGCAGGGCCAGAACCAGAGGACCCCCACACACAUCAAGACAGAGCAGCUGAGCCCCAGCCACUACAACGAUCAGCAGAGCUCCUCCCCCCCGCAGCACGUCACCUACGGCUCCUUCAACCUGCAACACUACAGCUCUUCCUCCUACCCCUCCAUCACCCGGGGCCAGUAUGACUUUUCUGACCACCAGGGCGGCACCAACUCCUACUAUAGCCACACAGCCGGGGGCCAGGGCUCAGGGCUCUACUCCUUCAGCAGCUACAUGAGCCCCAGCCAGAGGCCCAUGUACACCCCCAUCGCAGACACAACCGGGGUGCCCUCCGUACCCCAGACCCACAGUCCCCAGCAUCACUGGGACCAGCAGCCAGUGUACACGCAGCUCUCCCGGCCCUGAGGACACAAUCAUCUACACGAACACACACUUACAUAGACUGAUAGGCAUGUCCAUCAUGCAGAGGGAGACUUUGUCACAACAUUCCAACAUUAGUUCCCAGGAAACAGACACUUGAAUUUCCAACAGAAGAAGAACACGACAGAGUAGGUGAAGGAGAGCUGGACUUGUAGGAACUGAAACUAGAUCAGAAUAGCUCACAAAAGGCCUUUUUAAUUUUUAUUUGAUGAAAUAUAUUUUUUAGCAAGAACAGAAAAAAAGCAUUGAGAAAUCCUCUGUGAGGACUUAUUAAAUUGUUGAUAUUUUUAAUAGGUACUGUGUAUGUUUUCUUACCUUUUUUACUCUGGCAGUUUGUUUUUUGGGGGGAUAUUUUUGUAGAAAAAAGCUUUAUUUGUAUCCAGUUCAGCAGGAAACCACUCUCAGUAGUGCAGUUCUCUAUUCCAUGGCUUCAAUUCUCUGGUGAAAUUUUGUACAGGCAGUAAAACUCUAUCAUUUUUUGGUUGUGUUUGUUUCCUGCAGUGCAUUCUGCUUACAGUAUAUGUUCUGUGCCAUCCAACAAAAUAAAUUACAUUUGUAUUUGUGCAGUUUAGGGUUUCUCCAUCAAUGAUUUCUCAUGAUUAUAACACGUUCUUAGAUGUAAGAGACACAUGCUGUGAAUGGCAACGAAAGAAGUUUUGACGUUAUCGUUUUGUGCAGGAAUAUUCCAGC